GGGCCACCCCUCGCUUGGUCUUCCGAGUCGGCCGAGCCGAUCGCCUUCCGCCUUGCGAUGCGCGCGCUGAGGCCGACGGAGGCCGCAGCACACUCGGCCGCGGCCGUGUGGCGCCACCUCCCCACCUUCCGCUGCGAGUCUCAGAACGCGUCGUGGCUCCCCGAGCAGUUCACCGCGACGGUCCGCCUCUCGGACGAGAUGACCAAGAAGCUGCCCGUGGACGCGGCGACCACGGUGGACGCGCUUCGCGCGAAGGCACUCGCGGCGUACGCCAAGGCGACCCUCGACGACUCGCGCCCGGCCCACCUCAUGUGUCUCAAGGUCGUCGGUUGCGACGAGUACCUCGACGGCGGGAUCGUGGUGAGCUACGAGUACGUGCGCCGCUGCCUCAGAAAGGGGGCGGAGGUGGCGCUCUCGCUCGUCCCCAACCCGCUCGCCAGCCUGCCGCCCCUCAGCAGUGUGCCGCCGCAGCCGCCGCAGCCAGCGCUUGCGAGCGGGCCGCCGUCCUGCUCUCUCUCUCUCUACGACCUUCCAGACCACCUCAAGCUGCGAGUCGAGAUCAUCUCUGCAGAACGGCUCCGCUCGGUCCUCGCAGCGGCCUACAGCAGUCCCCGGCGUGGUGGCGCCUGCAGCGGCGUGUGGGCUCUCUCCGUGCGACUCGGUGUCUAUCAUGGCGGCGUGCCGUUAUGCGACCCAGUGGAGACGCCAGCGGCGAUCUGCGACGAGGGCAGCAACCCGAGCUGGUCGGCGAGCCUGCAAACGAGCCUGCCGCUGCACCACAUUCCUCGCGCCGCCCGCGUCUGCUUCACACUCUGCGCGCGGCCGGCUGGGGGGCGGGCGGCCCGCGACGACGAGGGCGCCGCCACCAGCUGCAGCCUCGGCUGGGUCUCGAUGAUGCUGGUGGGGCACGACGAGCGCCUUGCGAACGGCACGCACGCUCUGCGGCUCUGGCCAGAGGAGAGCGCAAACCCAAUCGGCUGCAAUUUGGAGAACGCAACGUUCGACCCGUCCCAGCCAGAGCCGCCCGUCCUCUUCGUUGCGUUCGACCGCUUCGCCGUGCCAGUCGUCAUGCCCCCCGACGAAGAGUUCGACAGCGCCUCGGCCCCGGAGCCGCCGCCCCCGAUGCCGCCGCGGGCUCGCCGCCCGGGCUCGCUCGCGGCGGGAGCUCUGCCCAGUACGCAGGAGGUGCUGCGGCUGAAGCGCAUCAUCGAGCAGGACCCUCUCUCGCCCCUCUCCCUCGACGAGAAGGAGCUCGUGUGGAGGCACCGCGAGUUCGUCUCGUCCUCGCCCGAGGCGCUGAGCAAGCUGCUCGAGUCGUGCAAGUGGGACGACCGCACGGCUGUCGCUGAGGCGCACGCACUACUGCGGAAGUGGGCCGUCCCAUCGCCGACCCAGGCGCUCAAGCUCCUCGACGCCAAGUUCGCCGACCCGCAAGUGCGCGCAUACGCCGUCGAGCGACUCGGGGAGAUGAGCGACACGGCCCUCGCCGAGCUGGUGCUGCAGCUCACGCAGGUCCUCAAGUACGAGUCGCGGCACGACUCGGCCCUCGCGCGGCUGCUGCUGCGACGCGCACUGCGCUGUCCACACCAGGUCGGCCACCGGUUCUUCUGGGCGCUCAAGGCCGAGAUGCACUUGCCGGAGGUUUCGGAGCGCUUCGGCCUCCUGCUACAAGAGUACCUGCGCUGCUGCGGCCCUCACCGCGAGAAGCUCCUGCUUCAGUCGCGCGUUGAGCAGUCGCUGAUUGCAAUCGCACGGGCGGUGCAGCGCGAGAAGAAGUCGGAGCGGAUUGCGCUUCUGCGGCAGAAGCUCAGCGAGACGGAGCUACCGCCGCGCUUCCAGCUGCCGCUAGACCCCCGCAUCGAGUGCACGGGCCUCGUUGUGAGCAAGUGCCGGUGCAUGGACUCGAAGAAGGUGCCUCUGUGGCUGGUCUUCUCCAACGCGGACCCGCAGGGCACGGACGUCACCGUCAUGUUCAAGUGCGGCGACGACUUGCGGCAGGACGCGCUGACGAUGCAGCUCAUCCGGAGCAUGGAGCGAAAGUGGGAGGCCGAGGACCUCGAUCUCCGGCUCUCGCCGUAUGGAGUCGUCGCGACUGGCGACGAGGUGGGCUUCAUCGAGAUCGUGCUCAAUUCGAACACGACGGCAAAUAUCACAAAGGAGUACGGCGGCGGCGCAUCCGGCGCGUUUGCAAAGGAGCCGAUGGCACACUAUUUGCGCGAGCACAACAAGAGCGAGCGCGAGUAUGCCGCGGCCGUCGAGACCUUUGCGCACUCGCUCGCGGGCUACUGCGUCGCCACAUACGUGCUCGGCAUCGGCGACCGGCACAAUGACAACGUGAUGCUCUCCAAGAAUGGCCACCUCUUCCACAUCGACUUUGGCCAUUUCCUGGGCAACUACAAGUCCAAGUUUGGGAUUAAGCGCGAGCGGGCCCCGUUCGUCUUCACCCCAGACUUCGCUCGUGUCCUCGGCGACAAGGGCCACAGCGACUACGAACACUUCGUAGCCCUCUGCUGCCGAGCGUACGGCAUUCUACGCGGACACAGCCACGAGUUCAUCACGCUCUUCCAGCUGAUGCUAUCGACGGGCAUCCCCGAGCUGCAGCGGGCCGAAGACAUCUUCUGGGCGGCGGAACACUUUACGAAGCUGAUCUCCGCCGCGCUCAGCUCGCGCACAACGCAGGUGAACAACGCGGUUCACAUCAUUGCACACUCUUAG